AUGAACACCUCCCUGCUCGCCGCACUGUGCCUCCUGGGAGCCUGGGCCGCCCUGGCAAGGGGAGUCACCGUGCAGGAUGGGAAAUUCUCCUUUCCUCUGGAGUCAGUGAAGAAGCUCAAGGGCCUCCAGGAGCUCCAGGAGUCCAGCGUUGGGAGCCACAGGCAGUUCGAUGGACCCGUGGCUCCCGCCCUCUGCGGCUAUUCUAAGUUUCCCGAAGAACUGAAGCCUGUCUGCAAGGAGCCCAAUGCCCACGAGAUCCUCGGGAGGCUGGAGGCCAUCGCUGAGGAUCCGAGCACGUGUGAGCUCUGUGCCUAUGCUGCCUGUGCUGGAUGCUAG